CCUCGAGAAUCAGCAUUCUUCUCAAAACGAGCUCGACCACCGACCAGUAUAGAUGGAUCAGCAUGUCUUGUGGAGUGUUGUGUCGUUUUGAGCGCUUCAGCGAGAUCUUCCUACCAGCGGAAAUCCGUCGCGUAACAACUAGUAACGUCGAGGUGAUACAUCCUAUUACCAGAGAGACGCUACUCUUCAAGUCACCGGAAGACGAACGCUCGAAUCCGACAGACCUCGACGUCGUGCUGAAUGUGGCACCCGAAGGCAAGAGGGUCAACAUCAGUUGUCCCGUGCUCGUGCCGGACGUCAAAUCGGACAAUACGUUCGUGCAGUGCGUGAUUGUCGACAAGAAGUACAAACCGUUGCGAGUGAAGGUGCAGUUUUCCGACGGCACGGCUGCUUGGUUGGCGCGUCACGAAAUCCGAGUCAUGGAAUCGCCUUGGGCACGACUCGUCGACGACGCCGCGAUGCAGAAGAGAAAGCGGAAGAAGUCGUGUGAAGAAACGAGCACGAAAUACAAAAAGGGAGACAUCGUGAAACUACCACACGGAGUUCUAAAAAAGUACAAUGGGCAACAAUGGCGACGCUUGUGUGCCAAGCCCAGAUGCAUGAAGGAGAGUCAGCGUCGCGGAUUCUGCGCACAACACCUGACGAGUCAACGAAAAGCGGCAAACAACUCUGUAAACAGCCCAUUCAUGGAGCCGACCGAGAGAUCAUGCAUACCGACGGAUACGACAGACUCGAAGGAGAAACGGCUAGACGAAGAUUUGGCAGCCGCAAGCGCGUUAGUCGCGAUGGGCAGUCAGGCAACGAACAGACGAGAGUCGAGCUCGAGUUUGAGCUGUGAAGUCGGGAACACAAACGUGUCGAGGGUCAUGCCGUCGCCUUUCGGUUUCUCUACACCGUUCUAUCCCCAUCACUCAAUCGACUCGAACACCGCCUUCUUGCGAGCCAGUUUUGCAGAGCAAUUGGGACUCGGACGGUUUGUGGUGAUGCCUUUUGCGCCCUACGUCUUCGGCGGAAUUCGGUCCCCUGUUGACUCGCUGAAGCUGACAAAACAAGCGGCAAUUCAAUUGGAUUUGGUGUCAAACGUGUCUUUGGAAUUUGACAAUCGCAAACGUGUAAUCUAGGGUGAUUUUAGCUCGGACUUGGAGUAGAAUUUUACAUGCGCAUAAUAGAAUUACUGGCUCGUAAAUAGAUUUAUCUCUAGUUUCUUUUACUUUGUUUUGUUUUGCAAGAUGUAGAUAUGUCAAAUGUUUGCAAUUGGUUUCAGUUUGA